AUGGAUAUCUUCCCGAACGCUAGGAUCAUGCGAAGGAGUAGCGAGGUCGGUCCGAUUCGCUUCUUCUAUCUAGUUCACCGACCCCCGCUGUGGAUGAUGGCGAAUCAAGGGUUAGUUCCCCAAAUCCGCCAUGAUGCGCCAGGAAUUCCUCAAGAGGCUAAGAGUGAGAGAUUCCAAAACCGGUCGAAAUUUGCGGCCCCGUGGCAACAAGAUAGUAAUACAGCUAAUACGUGCUAG